AGAAUGAACAACUUUAUUUUUGUCCUGGCCAUUGUCGGCGUGGCCAGCGGGUCCGACGAAAUGGCCGGUCCCGGGCGACGUCCUGGGCCACCACCACCACCACCCCCACCACCAUUCCUUGAAAACCUUCCCGAAGAGGCCCGAAAGGAGUUUUUCGCGAUUGUGUUGAAUAAGGAUGAAAAGAUCGCUGACCAAAUGCAAAAGAUUCUGACAUGGGCUCAGAAAUAUGGAGUUGAGGUACAAGAAUUCAACGCUAAUGUGACCAAGCUUAUGGAUGAGGUGAAGAAGAAUGCAACGGAAUUGAUCAGCGCCCUUCCAUCAGCAUUGGAAAAGCUCUCGGCCAUAGUGUCCAACCAGGAUCAGACAGUAACUGAGCUGAAAGACGCUAUCAAAGCAUUGAGUGCUGAAAACCCCAAGGUUUUCCGCGCCCUGAUGCUCGUCCUUGGUGAAUUCAAACCGAAACAUGGCGGACGACCACACAAAUUCAAAGGCCCAAAAGGAGGACCAGAAGCCGAAAUUAUCGAAUUCCAAGGUUUCCCAAGAGGAGGAUUCCCCAUGGGGGGACCUGACUCGGAAACCGAAUUCAAUUUACCACGAGGUUUGUCUAGUACCUUGAUGUGGAGGUUUCUAUGA